CGGGUAGAAAACGACAGAACUGUGCUGUUAUGUCUAUAGUGGUUGUGUCCGUUUCAAAUGUAUUAUUACAGGCCAACUCAGAUUAAGUCUGAGGCCGUUAACAUCAACAGUGAGGACAAUCCCAGCCUGCCACUCUCCUUCCACACUGAGUAGAAACCGACUGGGUCCUGAUUGUGACAGUGGAGCCCAGUUUGCACUGCAGGAUCCAGAGAUGGCAUCAGUGAAGCUGGAAGACUGCAGUCAAACACUGGAGCUGAAUGUCAACAUUAAAGAUGAAGAAGAGGAGGAGAAGAUUAGGACAACUGUUCGUCAUGGAUACCAUGUUGAGACAUUCUCUACAUCCAGAGAGCAACAGCAGGAAGAUGACAGAGCUAAGAGGUCUCAUCACUGCCCACAUUGUGAAGAGAUUUUCCCAUUUCUAUCAAAGCUACAAAUACACCUAGAAAUACACACAGGAGAGAAGCCUUACUCCUGCUCUGGCUGUGGAAAAUGCUUCAAAACAUCAACAGUGCUAAAACUUCAUCAGAGCACACACACAGGAGAGAAGCCGUAUUACUGCUCUGACUUUGGAAAACGUUUUAAAACAUCAACUCAGCUAAAAGUUCAACAGAAUUCUCACACAGGAGAGAAGCAUUUCUUCUGCCCUGACUGUGGAACUAGUUUCUCUCGAGUUUCCCACUUAAAAAGACACAAACUUAUACAUACAGGGGAGAAGCCAUACUCCUGCUCUGACUGUGGAAAAUGUUUUAAAACAUUAAAUGAGCUAAAAGUCCAUCAGAGAACACACACAGGUGAGAAGCCUUUCUUCUGCCCUGACUGUGGAACUAGUUUCUCUCGAGUUUUCCACUUAAAAAGACACAAACUUAUACAUACAGGGGAGAAGCCAUACCCCUGCUCUGACUGUGAAAAAUGUUUUAAAACAUUAAAUGAGCUAAAAGUUCACCAGAGAACACACACAGGAGAGAAGCCUUACGUGUGCUCUGACUGUGGAAAAUGCUUCACAACAUCAAGUGAUCUAAAAGUUCAUCAAAGAACACACACAGGAGAGAAGCCUUUCUUCUGCACUGACUGUGGAAUUAGUUUCUCUCAACUUUCCAACUUAAAAUCACAUGAACGUAUACAUACAGGAGAGAAGCCUUACUCCUGCUCUGACUGUGUAAAAUAUUUCAAAACAUCAACUGAGCUAAAAGUUCACCAGAGAACACACACAGGAGAGAAGCCAUACUCCUGCUCUGACUGUGGAAAAUGUUUUAAAACAUCAACUGAGCUAAAUGUUCACCAGAGAACACACACAGGAGUGAAGCCUUAUUCCUGCCCUGACUGUGGAACUAGUUUCUCUAAACUUUACCACUUCAAAUCACAUGAACGUAUACAUACAGGGGAGAAGCCAUACUCCUGCUCUGACUGUGGAAAAUGUUUUAAAACAUUAAAGGAGCUAAAAGUACAUCAGAGAACACACACAGGAGAGAAGCCUUACAUCUGCUCUGACUGUGGGACUAGUUUCUCUCAACUUUCCCACUUAAAAUCACAUGGACGAAUACAUACAAGGGAGAAGCCAUACUCCUGCUCUGACUGUGGAAAAUGUUUUAAAACAACAAAUGAGCUAAAAGUUCAUCAGAGAACACACACAGGAGAGCAGCCUUACGUCUGCUCUGAUUGUGUAAAAUGCUUCAAAACAUCAACUGAGCUUAAGGUUCAUCAGAGAACACACACAGGAGAGACGUCUUACGUCUGCUCUGACUGUGGAAAAGGCUUCUCAAAACCAACUCAUCUAAAAGUUCAUCAGAGAACGCACACAGGAGAGAAGCCUUACGUCUGUUCUGACUGUGGAAAGUGCUUCAAAACAUCAAAUGAGCUAAAAGUUCAUCAGAGAACACACACAGGAGAGAAGCCUUAUGUCUGUUCUGACUGUGGAAAGUGCUUCAAAACAUCAACUCAUCUAAAAGUUCACCAGAGAACACAUACAGGAGAAAAGCCUUACUCCUGUUCUGACUGUGGGGUGAGUUUCUCUCGACUGGAUACGUUAAAAAAACAUCAACAUAUACAUGGAGAGAAGCCAUACUCCUGCUCUGCCUGGAUCCCUUAAAAACACCAACAUAUACGUGCUCUGCUCUGCCUGUGUAAAAUGCUUCAAAACUGCAACUGAGCUAAAAGUUCAUCAGAGAACACACUCAUGAGAGAAGCAUGCUUACAUCUGUUCUGACAUCUGGGUGAGUUUCUCUCACCAUAGCAACUUAACACACCAAUGUAUUCACACAGGGGAGAAGCCUUACUCCUGCUCUGUGGAGGGUUGGGCGUGUAAGUUAAAUGUCUAGCCAAAGGCUGUGUGUUUGAAUCUCAUCAAGGAGUACUUUAGCAUUUUAGCUAAUUAAGCAACUUUGCAACAACUUACUACUUUUUAUCUAUGUUAGCAUGUUAGCUUAGCAUGCAACUACUUAGCAUGUUAGCUAACCUUUCCCUAAACCCAUUUAACUCUACCUUACGCCCCUCACCCUAACCUAGCUAACGUUCGCAACAACAAACGUCAUGCCAAAGGUUGUGUUUGAAUCUCAUCAUAGAGGACUUUAGCAUUUUAGCUAAUUACCAACUUGGCAACUACUUACUACUUUUUAGCUAUUACUUAGCAUGUUAGCUACCCUUUCUCCUAAACCCAUUUAACUCAAUCUUAAACCCCUCACCCCUAACCAAGCUAACGUCAGCAACAACAAAUUGGAAUUCGUAACAUACCAUACAUAUUACAAGUUCGUAACAUGUUGUAUGAAUAGCAAUGCGUAAAAUAACAUACCAAUUGUAAAUCGUAACAUACGAUACAUCCUACAAGUCGUAUUAUACUAAACAACAAUCUAAAUACAACCAUUUCAAAUAUUUACAGUUGUGUAAGGAAAUAAUAAAUCAGGCUCUAAUCUAUGGAUUUCACAUGACUGGGCAGGGGCUCAGCCAUGGGUGUGACUUGGGAGGGCAUAGGCCCACUUGGGAGCCAGGCCCAGCCAACCAGCAUGAGUUUUUCCCCAUAAAAGGUUUUUAUUACAGACAGAAAUACUACUCAGCCCCCCUCAGACAAUCCUGCAGGUGAAGAGGUCCUGGGCUGCCGUGGUUACAUGUGAUCUGCAGUUGUGAGGCCGGUUGGAUGUACUGCCAAAUUCUCCAAAAGGAUGUUCGAGGUUGCUUAUGGUAGAGAUAUAAAUAUUGAGUUAUCUGGCUAUGGUGGACGUUCCUGCAGUCAUCAUGACAAUUGCAUAUUCCCUAAACUUGAGACAUCUGCGACAUUAUGUUGUGUGGCCAUUUAUUGUCCCCCAGCACAAGGUGCACCUGUGUAAUGAUAAUGCUGUUUUAUCAGCAUCUUGAUAUGCCACACCUGUCAGGUGGAUUGAUUAUCUUGACCAAGGCUGAAAUGCUCACUAACAGGGAUAUAAACAAAGUUGUGCACAACAUUUGAGAGAAAUGAGCUUUUUCUGCACAUGGAACAUUGCUGGAAUGUUUUAUUUCAGCUCAUGAAACCAACACUUUACAUGUUUAGUUUAUAUUUUAGUUAAGUUUUUAUUGGUAGGCCAAUGUAAUAUAACCUAACAUACUAAAUGGAGUGGCACGGAUGUUUUUGUAAUACAUAAUACGUUUUGCUCUGAGACCAAGUUGUCCCUCUGCAGUAUUCUGUGGGAAGGAGCUAGUGGACACUUUUUUUAUUGAACCUUUAUUUAAUUAGGCAAGUCAGUUAAGAACAAAUUCUUAUUAACAAUGAUGGCCUAGGAACAGUGGGUUAACUGCCUUGUUCAGAGGCAGAACAACAGAUUUACCAUGUCAGCUCGGGGAUUCGGGCUUGCAACCUUUUGGUUACUGCCCCAAUGCUCUCACCACUAGGCUACCUUCCGCCCCUAACAUGUAUCAGAUAGAGAUGAUCACUUUUCACCACUAGUUUGGGGGUAUUCUUUUACAACUUUAUUUAAUGAUAUACAGUUUAUGAAAUUAAUACAUGUGUUUAUUAAUUGUCUUUAAAACUAGAUGAGUUAUUUUAGUUACUGAUCAAGAAUGUGUUUGGAUAACUGCAUUGAAGCAAACUUCAUUGAUCUGCCAAUGAAAAAUAAAGUUACAUGAAUAUGUA